AUGAUGUCAGCAGGAUUUCAAUGGGGAGUCAACAAUAACAAUCUACAUAACAAAACAACCCCUUCUCAAAAUUCAUCAUUGCAUAAUAAUUUUCAUUCAUUAAAUCAAAUACCAAGAUCAGUUUCAGAAUCUAUUCUAUCUAAUCAAAAAAAGAAAAGAAGAUUAGACGAAGAAGAAGAAAUCAUUCAACCAACUCAACACCAACAAUACAAUUUUCCAUCAACCACCAACUUUCAUGCAUUAAAUACUAUUAAUAACAUUAAAAAGACCAAAACUUCUAAAAUUAUAGGUCAACCACUCCCAACAACAAGAAUAAUAGAAACUUUAAAUCAAACACAACUACAAGAUUUAAUCAAUAAAUUAGUUGAUUUACAUCCAGAAUUACAUACCACAAUUAAAAAAAUAUCAAAUCAACCAUCAAUGAAAUCACUUACUCAAAUAUUAGAAAAAAAAUUUGAAGAAAUUAUAAAUCAUCUUCCCUAUAAAGGAAAUAUAGAAAAUGAUUAUUCAUAUUUAAGAAUUAAACCUUAUCUUAUUGAAUUUUUAAAUUGUUUAGAAGAUUAUAUAUUAUCAAUAUUACCACCAAUACAACAACAAUAUGAAGAAAAUAAAAUUUCAGUAUUAGAAUUUUUAAAUGAUUCUACUAAAUUAAUUCAUAAAUUACCUAAUUUUAAAAGUUCUGAAUUUCAAUAUAAGAAACAAAUAAUUUAUGAAAAUCUUAUAAAUAUUUGGUUUUUAGUAUUAACUAAUUUAAAUGAUGAAUUUUAUCAAUUUAUUGUUGAAUUUAAAUUAAUUGAAGUUUUGGAGUGUCAUUGUAAAUUUAAUAAAAAUUUUGGUAAAUUAAUUGAAUUUAUAAAUGAUAAGUUAAAAGAAAUUGGUAAUUUAGAAAUUAAUGUUGAUAAUAAUCAAGUUAAUUCAAAUGGAAAUUCAAGUGGAGCUGGUAAUUCACUUAAUGAUUUAAUUACUAUUGAUUAUUCUCAAUAUUCUAUAUAG